AUGAUCGCGUUCUAUUCAUUUGUUUUCAAAACAUUCAUUGUUAAUAUGCCAGUUUUAUUGAUACCAUACGAUGAUUACUGCGAAAAAAACUGGUGGACCAAUUUUUUGUACCUUAACAAUUACAUUGACUACGGCAAUCAGUGCUAUACGAUAUCGUGGUACUUGGCGACAGACCUGCAAAUGUACUUGUUUGCACCAGUCUUGCUGGUACCAUUGGCUUUGAAGCCCGCAGUUGGAUAUAUCACUGCCGGCGUGUUGAUGUUGCUUUCAACUAUAGCCAAUUUGGUGACGAUAUACAAAUUUUAUUUCCCACCGACGGAUUUCUCCAUAGGUGCUAUGGAUCCAAGGAUGGGUCCAUUCGCGUACGUUUUGCGUCAAUUGUGUGUUCAGAUAGCAACAUUGACUUCACUAUCGGGAUAA